AUAAGCCAAAAAAUAAAAGCUAGGCGAAACACCCCCUUAAUACCAAACACCAUGUAACAUUUAUCCGUCGAACAUUUCUCCGGCAACUUUACUCACUCUCCCGGCGAUGAAAACCCUAAUUUCAAACCCUAAAUUCAUCUCCAGCUUCCCAUCACUUCCUCACAACAAUCACACAUUUCUAAACUUCAAAAUCACAAAACCCAUUCCACCACACCCCUCAACCACGUCCUGUUCAUGUUCAACCUCAACCGACCACGGCGGUUGGGCCGAUCUCAUCUCCACCAGCAACUCAACCGAAUCAACUCACCUCAACAGGCUACUGAGCUCACUCGGAAUCGAUGAAAAAAAGUACACAUUCGUCUACCUAUUUGGUUUUGUUUGUGCUCUAGGGUUUUCUAGGGUUAGGGUUUCAUCAAUUGUUGUUUUUCCCGCCUGUUUUCUUGUUUUUGCUGUUGGGUUUUCGUUUGGGGUUGUGAAUAGGUGGGAUUUUAAUGAGGUUUUGAGUAAUAGUGGGAAGAAAAGCAAGAAGAAGGGGGUGAUUAAAGAUGAGGAAUUUAGGGUUUUGAGUGAGGGUUUGAGGAGUUUAGUGGAUUUGUUUGAUGGGUUUGGUUUAAAGUUUGGAUCUUUAAAGGAAAGUAUGAGGAAAGAUGUCGACUGUAAUCGGGUUAGUAAGAGUGAUUUGGUUGGUUAUAUCGAGAGUGUCGAAUCGAUUGAAGAGGCGAUAGUAGAAGCUAAAAGCAUGAUUGAAGGUUAUAUGGUGGUUGAUGGUAAUGAUGUAUCGAAAUCUUUGAAUCAUAAACCAAGUGAUCAGACGAAGAAGCCUGAGGGAAAAGGGUUCGAUAUCUCGCGGUUGAUUGCAGGUUUUCAAGAAAGAUCUUUUGGGUCGAAGGUUGGUAAGAUGAAAGAUACGGUUAAGAGUGAUCGGAAUCAAGAAAAAGUCGUGGAUCCGGUUGUUGAAGAUAAGACGAUGAAAUCCGUGAACGGUGAAGAUAAGAGCGCGUAUAAUGAUGGUGAUGUCAGGGUUAAGGAAACGUAUGGAGGGAAAACGAUAGGUCGAAUGGGUAGAAUGACGUUAGUUGAGACGGAGGCCGAUGCUAAACAAGUUUUUGACACGGAUGAGUAUGUGUUUAAGGAUAAUAAAGCGCGGUUUUAUGACCAAAGACGGACAAAGGGAUAUUAUGAGCGAGAGCAACAGGAUUACGGUAAAUAUAACAGAACUAAUAUGCUUUAUGAUGACUUGGAGUCAAGUGAAAAUGAAGGUUAUGAAAACGAGAACAUAUUUGAUGAGUCUCCGUCUUCAGAGAUAUCAAGUGAUGUGCUUUUCAACGAUUAUUUAACCGAGGCAAACGGGCUUUUGAAACAAGCCCGAGAGUGGCUAACGCAUAGAGGGAUUGAAGAAGACACGGAACAAAUGUUGUAUAAAUCGACGGAAUUGUUGUCUAAAGCCGUAGACAUGAAGCCGAUGAGUUUAUUGGCUGUGGGUCAGUUGGGAAACACUUAUCUUCUUCAUGGAGAGUUGAAACUGAAGUUGAGCCGUAAAUUACGAGCGUUACUAGCGGAAAGUGACUCCAAUGUGAUUGGAAGAUUAGACGAUGAAGUCUCGAAUAGGGAAAAGUUUGUUGAUUAUCUUGUUAAUGUUUGUGAAGAGUGUGAAGAACUGUUAGUUAAGGCUGGACGGAAGUACAGGCUGGCGUUGUCGAUUGACGGAGAUGAUAUGAGAGCGUUGUAUAAUUGGGGUCUUGCUCUUUCUUUCAGAGCUCAAUUGAUAGCUGAUAUUGGACCUGAAGCAGCUUUUGAUGCUGACAAGGUUUACUUGGCAGCCAUUGACAAAUUUAAUGCAAUGAUGUCCAGAAGCAAUGCUCAUACGCCAGAUGCUCUUUUCAGAUGGGGCGUUGCAUUACAACAAAGAUCACGUCUAAGAACAAGAAACUAUAGAGAGAAAGUGAAGUUAUUAAGUCAAGCUAAAAGGCUUUAUGAGGAUGCGCUUCUCAUGGACUCCAAUAAUCCGCAGGUAAAACAAGCCCUAAUGACUUGUGAAUCUGAACUAAGGUACAAGAAUCGACUUUGACCCAAAAGUCAACUGCUUCUGCCGAAUUUGGCAAAAGGGUGCAAUUUUCCUUUGCGUAUUAAACCGAUUUAUAGCAUUUAGAAUAAAUUUCAUUUCUAGAAUGAUGAUAUACAUAGCAGAUGUGCAGCAAUGAGUCAAUGACUCAUAAUUGGUACAUGAAUAUUGUACGUUACUUUUGAUUCGGAUAUGUUGUCCUCGGAAGAAGGCAUGACUCUUGUCGAACUUCCAAACAGUGUAACAUUUAAAAGUUCAAAAUGUUGUUGGUAAUAAUAAAUUGAUCUUGUUGUUGUUA